AUGGCUUCCGAAAACAACGAGGGCAAGUCUCUUGCAGACCGUAUCACCAAGCCAGGUGCAGACUCUACCGACGCAUCUUUGAGUGCUGCCAACAAAGAUGGCGCAAGCGAGCCUCUUGGAGGCAGUAAUCUUCAAGAACCAGAAUACGAUGUGGAGGUCAAAUUAAGCGACUUGCAGGCCGACCCCAACAAUCCGCUCUUCUCUGUCAAAUCCUUCGAAGAUCUAGGCCUGUCACCAAGUAUUCUUCAAGGUCUCUACGCAAUGAAGUUUUUGAAGCCGUCCAAAAUUCAGGAGCGCGCCCUACCUCUCCUUAUGCACAACCCCCCUACAAACAUGAUCGGACAGUCGCAGUCAGGAACUGGAAAGACAGCAGCCUUCACCCUCAAUAUCCUGAGUCGUAUUGACCUUAGCUCGGAAGAAAUGCGAAAAUCACCACAGGCUUUGGUUCUUGCGCCCAGUCGCGAGCUGGCUCGUCAGAUUGGAGGCGUCAUAACUGAAAUGGGACGAUUCGUGGAGGGUUUGUCUGUUGGAAUGGCAGUGCCCACAGAAGGCAAACGGCCUGCGCGUUUAGAACAUCCAGUCGUUUGUGGAACGCCCGGUACGGUGAUGGAUCUCAUAAAGAAGCGAAUCAUGAUUGUGAACAAACUGAAGGUUCUUGUUCUUGACGAGGCCGAUAACAUGCUUGAUCAACAAGGAUUGGGAGAUCAAUGUAUCCGUGUCAAGGGUUUCCUCCCAAAGACCGUACAAGUCGUGCUCUUCUCUGCCACGUUCGACGACCAAAUCCGUCUAUACGCGGCCAAAUUCGCUCCAAAUGCAAACGAAAUUUCACUCAAACAAGAAGAGCUCACUGUCGAGGGAAUCAGACAAUUCUACCUUGAUUGUGUCGAUGAUAAUGACAAAUACAAUGUGCUUGUCAAGUUCUAUGGGCUUCUCACGGUUGCAUCCUCAAUUAUCUUCGUCCAGACUCGUCAAACUGCUGCCGAGAUUGAGAAGCGCAUGACCGCAGAGGGUCAUACCGUGGCAUCAUUGACCGGUGGUGUCGAGGGCUCCGUACGUGACAAAAUCAUUGAUGAUUUCCGUGAGGGUCGCGCUAAAGUGCUCAUCACCACCAACGUCCUUGCCCGUGGUAUCGACGUUUCAACUGUUUCGAUGGUUAUCAACUACGAUAUCCCUGAACAUCAUAAACCUGGCCACCCACGCACAGCAGACCCCCAGACAUAUCUCCACCGUAUCGGUCGUACAGGCCGAUUUGGACGUGUCGGUGUAGCCAUUUCCUUCGUCUCCAAUAAGGAAGAGUGGCAGAUGUUGAUGAGCAUUUCAAAAUUCUUCAACACCAAUAUUGAAGGCAUCCAAACUCGUGACUGGGAUGAAGUCGAGGAACUGGUGAAGAAGAUCAUCAAGAAUCCUCGGGCUCGAGGAGACUUUCCCCAGUCUACAGCUUGA